AUGUUACUUCUGGACAGACUGAAAUUGUCAGUGAUGAGCACUUGGGACAUCUACAAAGCUGAAGAGUUUGGACCAAUGAGCGUAGUUGACCAGCCUUGGGAAGAAAACUUGUAUGCAGCAGCUCAAGUCAUGAGAGUUGGAAGCCAAGUGCCACCUGUGCUGAACCCUGAUCUAUAGAGCGAAGACAACAACGAAGGAGAGGAUAUCGGACUUACCAACCAGAAACAAAGACAGGGGAGUGGCAUGGUUGUCCCAGAAGCUAAGGAAAGCGUAAUGGUGAUAUGCAUAUUUCUGCAAAGCGACAAGCAGGCAGCCCAAUAA